AUGGAAAAGCACUCCAGGGGGUCUGUUGCAAGGUCUGAUAGAGAAGUACGUAUCCAAGAGAAGGAAAAGAGGAAAAUACUCAAGGCAACCAGUGAUUCUCUAUUAUUACGUGCUCAAGUUUUCUCUACCUACUUCCGGAUCUCAAGAAAGGAGUCAAAUGGGAACCAAUCUCACUUCAAUUCAACCGUAACUGUAAAAUCUGCAUUCCAACCAACACAGUCAGGUUUAUUAGUCGAUUCAAGAAAACCAUCAUUUAGUUCACAUUCAAAGCCUGGGCCAUAUGAUAAUUCAGGCAAAUCAGAAUCUCAACCUCAAAAGAUGAGUUCCUCUGUUAAUUCAGGAAAACCAGCAGCUUCCCAGCAACAGUUGUUGGGCAUAUUCACUGAUUUAGGAAAGCCAACGAUGCAAGCUCAACAAGCAGCAAAAUAUACAAGACAAAGUAGUUAUAACCAGCAGCCUUCUCAGAACUCUGUUGAUUGUAGGUACUCAAGUAAUACAGAAAAAAUGUAUAGUGGCAGUCGCGCCGUUCACCAUUCAAACUUCAAGCGGCCCAACUUGAACUCGCAUCCGAAUGACCAUCAAGCUCCUAGUAAUAAGUAUCCAAAUAAUGACCGGAAAAGCGGGCUACCCGCGUGGGGUUAUCAUAGACAGCCAUUGACAGGCAUCAGCCAGUUCCCACCAAUGAACCAACCACAGAGGCAAGGCUACCGGCCGCCACAGCUGUGCCGAUAUUAUGCUCAGGGGAGGUGCCAUUUUGGUGACAAUUGCAAAUUUGUGCACCAGUCAAGAAGAUAA